AUGAUCUCUGCAGCUGCAGCCUCUUUGCACCGGCCGCCGCCAGAAAGUCCGUGGAAGAGCAAAGGAAGAGCACUAGAAGAGCCCGGUCUUGCUGGCUCUGCGACAUCACAGCUGCGUCAAAAAUGCUACCUAAGGACCGGAGCCGAUGGCCGCGGCUGGCAUCUCAUCCCUCCUUACCGGCUACCCGCAUCGGCCAGGGUCCAUGCAUGUACUGCGUCUGUUUGUACCUAA